CAGCACCUCGCGUGUGGGUGAAGCUGUGUAGUUUUCCAUCGCUGCCUCCAUACCUGAGCCGGUGGGACUUUGCUGUCACUGCAAGUCACAGAACAGCAGGAUCUUUAUUUCUGAAGAGCCAGUAUUAUAAGAACAGUGCCUGAAGCAGGUCCACCAUGCCGUUAGUAACGAGGAACAUUGAGCCAAGGCACCUGUGCCGUCAGACGUUGCCUAGCGUUCGAAGCGAGCUGGAAUGCAUGACCAACAUCACCCUGGCAAAUGUCAUUCGACAGCUGGGCAGCCUGAGUAAAUUUGCAGAAGACAUAUUUGGAGAGUUGUUUACUCAAGCCAACACUUUUGCCUCCCGGGUGAGCGUUCUUGUCGAGAGAGUUGACCGCUUGCAAGUCAAAGUCACUCAGCUGGAUCCCAAAGAGGAGGAAGUCUCCCUGCAGGGCAUUAACACCAGGAAGGCCUUCAAAAGCUCCACUACUCAGGACCAGAAGCUCUUCGACAGAGAUUCUCUGCCGGUGCCUGUCCUCGAAACCUAUGGGACCUGCAAUACUCCUCCACCUCUCAACAUUCUUUCCCCUUAUAGGGACGAUGGCAAGGAGGCACUUAAAUUCUACACGGAUCCUUCCUAUUUCUUUGACCUUUGGAAAGAGAAAAUGCUUCAGGACACCAAGGAUAUUAUGAAAGAGAAGCGGAAGCACAGGAAAGAGAAAAAGGAGAAUCCGAACCGAGGAAACGUGAACCCACGGAAAAUCAAAACCCGAAAAGAAGAGUGGGAGAAACUGAAAAUGGGGCAAGAAUUUGUUGAGAUAAAGGACAAACACGGUCCUGCUGGGUACCCCUCUAACAUGGUGUAUCAGAACGGCAGCAUUGGCUCCAAUGAAAGCAUGGAGGUGAACUGCUACCCGCCGCCGCCGCAGACUGACUCUAUUGUGCCUCCACCUCCUUCGUUCCCAGAUGACAGCCUGCCUCCACCCCCGGUGGAAUUUAGCUAUCCUGUAGACAACCAAAGAGGUUCUGGUUCUGGAGGGACCAAAAGAUCCAGCCUGGUCAGCCCGAGCCACCCACCGCCAGCUCCUCCCAUCGGAUCCCCCGCGGGGGCCAGGCCGGGCUUUGCUCCCCCUCCAGCACCGCCUCCACCACCACCAAUGAUGGGCAGCACCCCUCCUCCACCACCCCCAUCCCCAGGCACCCCGCCGCCGCCCUCUCCCCCCUCUUUCCCACCUCACCCCGACUUUGCUGCCCCGCCUCCACCGCCGCCCCCUCCGGCGGCCGAAUACAGCAGCGUGCAGCCCCCUGCUCUGCCCCAGCCGGGCGGUGGGAGCGCACCGCCCCCCCCACCCCCCCCACCGCCUCCUGGCCCCCCGCCUCUGUCUUCCAGUGGCCUCGAUGGGCCCCCGGCGCCGCCUCCACCCUCAGACACCUCCGCCUCCAAGCCCAAGUCAUCCCUGCCCGCUGUUAGCGAUGCCAGGAGCGAUUUGCUUUCGGCGAUUCGUCAAGGCUUCCAGCUCCGCAAGGUGGAAGAGCAGCGGGAGCAGGAGAAGAGGGACGUUGUGGGCAACGACGUGGCGACCAUCCUGUCGCGCCGCAUCGCCGUGGAGUACAGCGACUCUGAGGAUGACUCUUCAGAGUUCGAUGAGGACGAGUGGUCGGAUUAACCACGGCCCCGUCCCCUCGGUUCCCUUCCCUCCUGGGUUAACAGCUUCUUAAAGAACCAGGUGGCCAAACCUUCCACCGUUUCCUUUUCAUCCCGUAACCAAAGAUGUGCCAAGGGUUUUCAGACAACCACCAGCAUAUCUCCCCUCUCCCUCCCCCCCGGGCUUUGGCAGGACUUUGUGCUCUGCCUUUCCAAUAGGUCUCCUCGCAGGCAGUGAGGAUGGAGGCGUUGGGAUUUGGCUGGAGGCAGUGCAACGGUUGCUUAUUUAAGAGAACUAAACCUCCAGAUCCUCGAUGCCACCAGGCAGAGCACACAAAACCCCUCCGUCCUGAGGGAUUUUUAAAGCAAAGAUGGAUGAUCCUGUUGUGGCCGCGCGGCCUUUCAGAUGAAGGACGUUUUCAGCUAGUUUCCUCAUUGCAACAGCAGGCAGUUGAUCUAGUGGCUCUUCCUUUCCAGUGAAUACUGGUAGUGCUGCAAGAAGACGGGCUUUAAAUGUCUGUUUUCUGCUGCAUCCCACUGUCACAUAAUCAGUUUUCGGCACUAGUGCACAAUUCCUUCCCCUCUGACCCUCCUCAGUAUUUCCAGACUUACCCCUGCAGGGGGGCACUGCUGGCUGUAGGGCUGCAGCGUGCAUCGGGUGCAAUGAGAGGAGGGGUGUGUGUUCCUUUUUAAAGCUGCCUUUACCUUCCUCAGCAACCUCCAGGACUGCUUUGCCACAAGGGAGCCUUGCACAAAGGGAUGCAGGGCUGCAGCAGGACGGCUGCUUGGCUUCCUGCUGCAGGGAGAGCAGAGCUGACGGCUCCGCUUCGUGCCGAAAGAAACAAAGCAAAACCCAGAAGUGCCUACAGCAGGGAAGCAGCGGGGAGGGCUGCUCUGAGCACCAGGCCCUGUUUGACCAGUUGGUAUCGCUGCUUCUCUCCUGCAGCGAGCACGCUUUUGCAGAGAGCAUUGCUGCAGGAAUUGCUGGUGUUACUUUGGCUUCCUCCUCCCUUUCACUUCAGGAUUAGGGGGGUCCUGUGCCUCAAACCGCCUCGUGUGUGUGAGCUGAGUUGCCCGUUGGUUCCAUCACACCUCACCCGUGUUGUUCCCCGUGUUUUGUUCCUGUAGUUGAUUAGUUAAUUUUUAAGAACAUUUCUUCUCCCAGCUCACCCUGCGGAUUCCUAGGCUGCUCACUACAGGCAGGGGAAGAAAAUGGAGAACUUGAACUAGCUGACCUAGGUGUUACUGCUGUUUUAUAUUACAUAGAAUAUAUGCAUAUCUUGGAAAUCUAUAAGCAAAUCUCCCAGUGCUGCAGAUGUGCUUGUUGUAUUUUAAUUUGAGCACAAGUGUCUCAGAAAGCGAUUCCAAAGCCUUGUGGCUCAGGCUGCUGUGGGCUGGGACCAUUAAGACCAAAUCUCCAACCUGUUUGCCUUUCUAAUUGUCAAGUAUUCUGCCAGCCUGUGCCUGUUGUUCCCUCUCCAGCUCGCCUUGUUUCGUGGUGUUGCUGAUAGCUGGGGCGCCAGGCCCAGCCGGAGGCUGCUGGGUUGCUGAAAACCUUUCUUAGGGGUUUGAUUGAUGAUUUCAGUUUGUGCCAUCGAGUUCUUACUGAUUUCUCGCGUGUGUUGGUGCAUUUUUAAUGUGUGCCAGAGCAGAUGAGGGCGUGGAGGAGGGGCUGUGCUGCGCUGUGGGUCAGGCUGAGAUCCGGCUCAGCCCUGAGCACAAUCAGGCCAGGCUCUCCACCAUUACAUUUCUGUGCAGAGCAGGAUGCAGGGGACAGAGCGAGGCAUCCCAGCAGGCUGGGAACAUCUGAGCGGCGCUCAUUGCAGGUUCUGGAAGAGGGAAGGAAACCCCUCGAGUGCCAGCGAGCCGUCGUGCAGCGGAGGGACUUGGAAAUGCAAAGUGAUCAGUGCUGCACGCUGGGUGAGGGGGGCUGGAGGAGAAUCGCUGCCUCUUGUUUUUCUGCUCCUUCUGUAAGCAUCCUCCUCUGGCUUCUCUUGGAGACAGGUUCCUGGGGGAAACAGACCUCUGAGCUAAGCCAGGCUGACAGCAUUAUCACACAGGGAAGCGUGGAGCUCACAAAUGCCAAACCUGGGUUAAUUUUAAAUUGCCUUAAGUAGAUUUGGCCCCCUGUUGGGAAAGGGGAGCGAGUUAUUGGUGUCGUGUGAAAUGCAGAGAAAUGCCACGCUCCUCGCAGCCCGGCGUGUGGGGCAGGGCUGUGCCUCGGGGCGCUGGGGAGCGGUCAGCCCACGCCUGUGGCACAGGGAUGCUGUGCGGGUGGAGCACGGGGCUGCAAUGCCUCCCCUGCUCUGGAGCCCUGCUGGCAGCAGGAGGGGUGCAGCUCUGGCUGUGCAAGCCUGCUUUUACCCACGGCCGCUUUCAGAUCCGGGGUGAGAGGCAGAACUGCAGGGAGGCAGAACUGCAGGAUCCCGAGCGCAGGGAUUGCAGAUCAACAAAGCAACGGGUGCGAGGUGCCCGUCUGUGAGCAGAGCUGCAGAACUGCAGAGCGCCGGGCCGCUGAGCGAGCCUCGUAUUUCUGAACCCAGCAGGGGAGGAGGAGAGGUGCCAAAAACAACCAUUGCGAAGCAGAGCAGCUGUGCGGUGCUGCAGGCCCCGCGCUUUCCUCCUGCCAUCUUUGCUUCUUUGCAAAGGUCUCAUCUUUGCAUCCGGAGCCGAGAGCCUCGAGCGUUCUGCACGGCCAGAAGCAGAGCUGGCCGCCGCGGGCCUCCCCUCUCUGCCCGCCCCCAUGGGGGUCUGCACGGAGCUGGGGCCGCCGCUGCCCCCCUCCCCUGCUCAGACGUUUCUCCCGCUGCCUUUGCCCGCAGUGCUCGGCUGCUGCUGCUGGCAGCCGCUCCCCCAGCGCCCCUCCUUGGCGCACAGGGCUGGCUGUGUCCCCGCUGCCUGGCCUCAGCCUGGAGCCUCGUCUGCAGCCGGUGACCUUCACCGCUUUUUGCUCUCCUUAUCGGAGCCGAGCGCCGGCCCGCGUGGAGGGAAGGGGAAGGGGGCUGUGCGAGGUGCCAUGCGGAGCCGCACGGUGUCGUUUCAGGGAAGGGCCGCUUCUGUCCGUGAGCUCAGGCGCGGCGCUGUGCUCUUGGAGCCCCUCGCAGGCAGGUGCUGCUGCCCCAGCUCAGCUCUCCGUGCUGCUGCGUUUCGGGGCUGCUGAUUCCCCUCCUGUUUGAUUUCUUUAAACAAAGCCUUGAAGUGGGGAAGCGGAUUCGCUGGGUUUUAUUACCGUAUUAACAUUCAUUUAAAUCCAUUUCAGAAACUAACUCCUUUCUCUUCCUACUUAGAAUGUCUUAGGCGAGCUGUAACCCUUCCAAAGUGCCUUAUUUUUCCUAUAUGACAUAAAUAUAUUUAUAAGAA